CAAUUCGGGUGGUGGACUCCGAUAAGAGAGGGAGAGAGACCGCAAACGCCUUUUACUUUGUGUUCCGCUUACAGCCCAAGGACGUACGAGGAAGACAAACACAGACGAGUCCAAAGAGGCGGGGACGAGCCGUGGUGGUGGGCUUGAAUGGCAUCAACCAGAGCCAGGGAAGGGCUACUGAAGAGAUAUACCGACGUGAGCCGAGAGUCUGGAUAUCAUGCCCUGACCACGAAAAUACUUAUUAUCCGCCGAUAAACUGCAACUGCACGUCAGAAAUAAAGGCCUCUACAGAUGGAGCUCAGCGCUCUUUAAUCCAGCCAGACCUCCCUGACAGGCAGCGACGAGCUACAGAGAAGGUUUCCUCUGAUGAGAUGAGUGUGCGUGCUGGCCAGGGCAGUGAUGAGGUGCUGGUUUCUCAGGCGGUGUGGGAUUACCUGGCUGCAGCUGGGCGUCCCUGGCUCAUUGACUUCCAGCACAAGCAGGGGAUGAGCGCUGGUAUCAUUAGGCGAGGCGAGAGAGGGGGCUGCUGUGCCGUACGGCUGCAGCCGAUGGAAAGCUCAAGGAAUGCUGGAGCUGGAGUGAUGGAUGGACCCAUCUCCAGCGAGACACGAAAAGCCUUCAUUGACUUAUGCCGUUGUGCCCGCAAAGAAAUGAGCAAACAGGAGGGGGGACCCAAGAGGAAGAGGGCUCUGCUGCCUUGUGUGGGAGCCUUGGAACAGAAUGGGGAGGGUAGCCUGCUUCAGCCUCCACUUCCCCAACCUCGGCGCUCCCAGAGACAGCAGCAGAGGUUCAGGAAGCCUGCUGAUGAAGAGGCAUGCGCCAUGCUCCAUGAGGCAGCCCAGAAGAAGGACACGGACUCCAGCAUGGCUUCCCACAGUGAAGCAGAGGACAGUAAUGUUUGCUCAAUCUGCAUGGGGGACAUAGUGGAAAAGAACACCCUGGAGAAAUGUGGCCAUUCAUUCUGUGGCUCUUGUCUGGACCAAGCCUUUAAAGUUAAGAAAGCGUGUCCUGUGUGUCGACUAGUGUAUGGCCAGCUGGUUGGGAAUCAGCCCGCAAAUGGUUCCAUGAUUGUAGAGAAAGAUCCUGAUCUGGAGCUUCCUGGCCAUGAGGGCUAUGGGUGUAUCUGCAUCAUCUACAGCUUCCCUCCUGGAUUACAGACACUAGAACACCCCAACCCGGGUGUUCGAUACCCAGGAACAGACCGUGUGGCCUACCUCCCUGACAGCCCUGAGGGGAACCGUGUGCUGGGUCUGCUGCGCCGGGCCUUUGAACAGCGCCUUAUAUUCACCAUAGGUACCUCCAUGACUACGGGCAUGCAAAACGUCAUCACCUGGAAUGACAUUCACCAUAAGACCUCAAUAUGGGGCGGACCACGCUGCUUUGGUUACCCAGACCCCACUUACUUGGUGCGAGUGACAGAAGAGCUCAGAGAGAAAGGUAUCACUGCAGACUGACGGCGUGAAAAUGACAGAUUCUUCCAGGACUUUGUUGGACUUUCUGAGUGUCCUUGGUGCGGACAUGACUCAGCUCCAGGUUGUGCUCUGUGACUGCCCGUCAAUUAAAAGAUGGCUGAAGACAAAGACAUCAGCAGACAGGCAUCUAAUGCUGCAGCAGAGCCCAUAUUUCCCACACUUGUUGUUCUUCUGUUCGUUCAUUUUCCUGUAGAAUUCAACUUAUCCCAGUGCCACAUGCCGAAGAAAAUACUCUUGAGUGCAGUACAUUUUUGUAUUACAAAUCCUUAGACUACUAUUGCUGGCAACAGACCUGGUAUCUGAUGCACUUAGAAAGAGACUUUUGGCAUUGGAAUUCAUGGUACUUAUAUAUUAUUUAGGAAAUUUAAGUUUAAUGUUAUAAAGCUUACGUUAGAUUAAUGUUUUUUCUCAUACUCUGAGGGUUACUUUAAUUCUUAAAAGCACACAUCCUUAGUUGUAUCCCCCAAUGUUUGUUCCACAAGUCUGAUUGUUAUUACCUGUUUAAGGAUUGUACUUAGGCUUAUAUCGCAGAGUAGCACUGCUUCUAUAAACAGAAUAAAUUUUCUGAAGUUUUUGCAAUCUAAAGCACUCACAGGCACUUUGGAAAGGCAGUUUUUUUUUUGGUGAAGUAGGAAUGGUGGUUUUUGUUUGACACAAACUGGUUUGUCCAGCCAUCAGAUAGCUGGUUACAGGUUGAUGUCGGCUGCUUAGUUUGUGUGUGAUCACCACUGUAUUUGUACUUAAAUAAGAGGAAUGUUAAAUGAUGUCUCAUUGUGGCACCUUUUAGCAUGCAUUAGGAAUUUCCACUAGGUUUUCCCAUAAUGCCACUAGUGUUAUUCAAGAUGUCACUGAGGUGUUGAACCCAUUACCUCAGUUGUUAGUGAUGCGCUUUUCUGAUUACCAGAUUUAUGACGAUGUCAACUAUGAAGGGCAUAUUGACCACUUAAACCAAAUCAAAGGCACAAAAGCUCUUUAAAUAUCUAUGCUUCAGUCCCUGUUAGAGCAGGAGAUUUGCCUAUUAACUCUCAUUUAAAAUGAGCUUACUGUUGUAAAUUUAUUUCUCUAAAUGAAUAACCAACAAAAAAGAAAAAAAAUUAUAAGAAAAAGAAUAUUGCAGGAACAAUUUGAUUUAGGAUAGGAUACUAAUCUCAUUUUGUUGUGCCUUUCUUCUACUCAUUUUAGAUAAAAAAUAAGCAUGAUGAUUCUGAUUAUUGUCAAGAUGUCCAGGCAUAUUUUCAUGUUAUUUGACAGGUAAACAGCGCUAUGUUCCUAGCUUUACUAUCAGGCUUUGGUACAAAUACUAAAGUUCCUAAAAAUGUAUAUAAAUGUGUUUAUAAAAUUACUUUCUCCCUCAUAAACAUCCUUAUACUCGCAAUGCAGAAAACCCCCCCUCAGAUCUGAUAACCUGUAUGCGUGAAAUUGGAGUAACCUACUUGGCUAAAUUUAACAUUAAUUUGAACAGUCAUAUCUACUUCAUUAAAUACUUUUAUUAAGUUUUUCCCCCUUUGUAUUUUCGUUAAGGGACCAAUGGAGGUAUUUUUGGGACACAGGAUUGUAGUUUACUAAAGCAACUGUGCAAACAUUUCUAUGCAUUACAUAAAUGAGGAGAAGCCAGGAGAGUGGAUUGUUGGAGGGAUUCCACGUUACAAAUUGAUUGUUAAAGAAAACAGAGUUUUGCUUUUCUAAUUGUGUUGAUUCGUACUUUGUUGAUAUUCAGAAUAAUGUGCUUUACAUUUUAAUACUUGAAUAAAAAGUUAUGUUUG